AUGUUCGACGGCAAGGACGUCGCCAACGUGGUCGGAGGUCGGGGGAGCCGCAUCGUCGCGGCCGAACGCAACGAGGACUCGCCCCGCGCGAGCGUCAAAACCGCCGACGCGGCUUUGCCGCUAAAGCGGUACAUUCCGCACCGCGAGCUCGCUGACGGAACGAUAGAAAUCCUCGGCGGGAUGGGCGGUUCCGCGCGCUUUAUCGCGCCCGACCCGGUGGAGCGCGCGAUGCACCGGGCGAACGUCGCGAACCUGCUUCCGCCCGUCAUCAACCGGCCGCCGCCCUCGACCGAGCACGGGCAGGACCUCGUCGACAACAUGAAGGGGAUCGUGCUCCAGAAGAUCCUCGACAACGAGAACAACGCCUUGAAGCGAGAGGCGCAGGAUCGCCUCAAGCAGGGCCUCGAGGUUGACGAGGAUGAUCGCGUCUGGACCGCGGCUGCGUUCCCGAGCUGGUCGGCAGCCCAAUGCCGCAGGCUGCGCGAAGACAUGGAGCGCCGCCGCGUCGAGGGGAAACAGCUUGAGGCUGAGCGCAAGAGGAAGCGCGAGGUGCGCGAGGCUGAACGCGAGGCUAAGCGCGUGGCGGCGGCGGAGGCGGCGAAGGCGGCGGCGGAGAAGAAGGCGGCGGCGGAGGCUGCGCGCAAAGCGGGGGCGGAGAAGAAGGCGGCGGCGGAGGCGGCGAAGGCGGCGGCGGAGGCAGCGCGCAAGAGGACGGCUCAGCUCGAGGCGGCUGAGUUCCAGCGCAUGAAGCCCACCGGCGUCAGUAAGCAGAAGAGCGGCAACUUCAAUGUAUACAUCGUCAUGAAGGACCGCCGUGUGAUCCAGAUCGGCACCUACGCUACCGUCAUGGAAGCCGCGAGGGCGCAUGAUCUCGCAUGGCUGAGCGUGCCGGGCAGGAAGGCUGACAAGCGCCCCAACUUCCCCCACGACCCGCCCCCCACCGACAAGGAGCUCGAGGCGAUGCGGGCCAAGGUGGAGACCAAGGCGGCGAAGCCUGCGAAGAAACGGGCGGAGAAGGCUGCGCGCAAAGCGGGGGCGGAGAAGAAGGCGGCGGCGGAGGCGGCGAAGGCGGCGGCGGAGGCAGCGCGCAAGAGGACGGCUCAGCUCGAGGCGGCUGAGUUCCAGCGCAUGAAGCCCACCGGCGUCAGUAAGCAGAAGAGCGGCAACUUCAGUGUAUGCAUCGACAUCAAGGGCAGCAAGGGCUUCUGUGUGAUCCAGAUCGGCACCUACGCUACCGUCAUGGAAGCCGCGAGGGCGUUUGAUCUCGCAUGGCUGAGCGUGCCGGGCAGGAAGGCUGACAAGCGCCCCAACUUCCCCCACGACCCGCCCCCCACCGACAAGGAGCUCGAGGCGAUGCGGGCCAAGGUGGAGACCAAGGCGGCGAAGCAUGCGAAGAAACGGGCGGCAUAG